AUGAGCUUAGAUCAGCAGCCCCCUCAGCCAUCCGUCAGCGAGCGCAGAGGUCAACGACUAGCUCCUUUGCAAACCAACUUCAGCCGUCCGACUGCUCGCUCUUCAGUACAAUUUCCACCUCCAGCUGCAGCUCCAGACUCAGCAUCAAUCCCGUCUGCAACCCCUCGACCGCAACGUCCACGACCCACGAACUACCAGAAUGAGAGCGAAAGAGAGAGUGUGCCAUUACAGCAAACUCCGGUCAAGCGUCAAACAUCCAAGUCUGGCUUGCGCGGACUCUUUGCCCGGGAGAAGCCCUCGCGGAAGCCCAACACUGACACGAAGCUCGCGGAAAUCGACGAGGCGCACACAACAGUAACACAGACAGUGACCGUGUCGGACACGCCACUAUCGCCAAGUGUCUGUGCCACCCCAAAAACCAUGAUGUCGACCUCGACCUUGGUUGCCUCUCCGCCGGGCGAUGCGAGUCGAAUGAAACUUGCAUCGAAGUCCCGAGCAAAGACCAGCAGCAGUCGACCAGUCGCUGGUGACCAUGGGUGGAAGCCCCCUCCGCUGUUUCAGGCCUAUCCACAGGCAAUCAAGCACGACUGUCUCUGGGCACCAGUUAUGUCUGCUGAUUCUAUUUUGCGCAUCCAGGCGACUGCAAAGAGGAACAGCAGCUCCAGGGAUGAAGACCCUCAGGGCAAUCAGCCGCCAAAUGAGGGAGCUUCCGCGGAACGGAAGAAGAAGGAAGAAAGGGAGAAGAAACAUAUGCGAACGGUCUCCGAAACUAUCGGGAAGACUGACUGGUCCCAAAAGAUCUAUGUGCUGGUCACAUCUGGUUAUAUCUUACAGUACUCAGGAAGCGGGAAACAUGACCGACUACCGGAGAAGAUGUUGCAGCUGGGCCCCAGAUCAGUGGCCUUUGCCAGCGACGCGAUUCCUGGUAAACAUUUUGUGCUUCAAAUUUGCCAUAGUUCGGAGGAAGAUGGCACGGCAACAGUUGAUACCCAUCGGCCCUUGUUUUCCCGCCUGGGGUUUCAUCGCUCCAAUGCCCGGAGAUGGACUCGGAGUUUCCUUCUUGUGUUCACCAAUGCUGAAGAGAUGAGCUCCUGGCUCCUGGCUGUCAGAGCUCAGAUCGAAGCCCGCGGAGGCAAAAAAUAUGUCUCCGAAAAGCUGUACGACGAGGCCAUGGAGCAUCAGCUGCGGCCAAAACAGAGUAUCCGACAGAUGGUGCAAAAAGACCCCAACCGGUUCUCCAGCAUCUAUCUGCAGCCUCAACAGUCGGCAGGUUCCGACGAAAAAGAUCAAGCUCUCAGCGAUCAAUCCCGCCGGAGCUCCUAUAUAUCUCUCCAUCGCCGGUCGAUGGUUUUCCAAUCUGGCGCCGAGUCCCGUUCCAACUCGAUGUCAACCACACAGACGGAUGUGACACCACCAGUCAACGGCUUCGGGCGUUUCCAUUCUUCUGGGCCCCCUCCGAGUGGUCCUUCUACACUCCCUAAUGGCAUUGCAGUUCCUGGUGCCUCCCAACCGAGUUUACCACAGAGCCCGACCUCGGCAAGUCUGGCCAAACGCCAAUCCUCCUACCUGGCAGGAUCGGCGAGCAUAGAGGGGCAUGAGCCUCCGAGGUCGCAGUCAACGGUGCCAGAGCCAAUCUUGCGAAGCACUUCACCCCCAGCACCCAAUUUUAGUGUUCCGUCAUUUAGCAAGAGGUUUGCUGCGAAGACCGCCCAAGCUCAAAUCCUUCAAGAUCUUCGUCUGGACUGUGACCGGAGCAAUGGGGUCCGUCAUCAGGAUUCUGAUGAGCAACUCGAUACUUUGUCUGCGUUUCCCUCCCCACCUCAGUCACCAACCCGCAACAUGAGUAGAAUGGGCCUCAACGACAUAUACGAAGAUAUUUCUACCGUCCGCAACGUCUCCCCCAGGCGACAGUUGCGAGUAUGCAAUUCCGAGGAUUCGCUGGCAGACUCUCAGCAAAGAACUCAUGACUACAGGGGUCUACUCAUGCCUCGUUUACCGACAACGCACUCCUCCCGUCCGCCAAGCAUCGCCAUUGAUCCGUUAACUAAGCCUCCGUCUGACACGCAACCCACACGAUCAACCUCAAAUGCCGGAAAUCAGUCCCGCCCUGAGCUCCAACGGGAUAGAUUGUACCUGACGGACCACGGCGGUCGUCCUCUCAGCAUGGCCCGGCGAAAGAGCAUGCCGGGACUGUCUGUAGGACCCCCAGCGGCACCUCCCCCCAAUUGCCCACUACCAAAGAUCCCAUCUCCAAUUGAUCCUCAUGGGCCUGUUCUGCUACCAAGCGCUCCCCUCACGGCUCGUUCCUCUCAAUCGCCGCCUUCGAAGACGUUACGAGACCGCCAAAGAAGUUUUGCCAACAUCAAUCCUCCCACGUCACAUACCAAUCUUCCUACUGCUCCAAGUAUAGACACCCGGGUAGCUUCCGGAUUAUAA